AAAAAAAAUAUUCCUACCACUCCAUCUUCUUUUUCCCCUGUUAUUCCCCACAACUGAAAUUCUCUCUCUAGAAAAAUUCUCUAUAUUUUCAUUUUUGUGGUUGUGCGUAUCGAUUGAAACCCUAGAGGAAGGGCAAAAGGGUAGAGAAGCAAUGGCUGGGUUGAUCACUUCCUGGUCUUGGAGCUUGAGCUUGAGUACUGUUGUUCACGUUUUUGUCCUAACCCUAAUAUCAGUUGCUACGGUUCCUUUUGUAAAUGGGAACUCAGAAGGGGACGCACUUUACGCGCUGCGACGGAGCUUGACGGAUCCCGAUAACGUCCUGGGUAGCUGGGAUCCGAAUCUUGUCAACCCUUGUACUUGGUUCCACAUCACCUGCAAUCAAGAUAACCGCGUUACUCGAGUGGACCUAGGGAAUUCAAACUUGUCCGGUCAUCUGGUUCCUGAGCUUGGAAAACUUGAACAUCUACAGUAUCUGGAGCUAUACAAAAAUAAGAUUCAAGGUACAAUCCCUGUUGAGCUUGGUAACUUGAAGAGCCUAAUCAGCUUGGAUUUGUAUAACAACAACAUCUCAGGAGUCAUUCCUCCUCCACUGGGGAAGUUGAAAUCUUUAGUUUUCUUACGUCUUAAUGACAAUCAGCUAACUGGGCCAAUCCCAAGGGAGCUUGUUGGUAUUUCCAGCCUUAAAGUUGUAGAUGUCUCAAACAACAAUUUGUGUGGAACAAUUCCUACUAUGGGUCCAUUUGAGCGCAUUCCAUUGAACAAUUUCGAGAACAAUCCUCGACUGGAAGGACCGGAGUUGCAGGGACUUGCGAGUUACGAUACAAAUUGCUCAUAGAAAAACAUGUGAUCAGGUGCAGCGACUUGCAACUGGGUGUUAACAUGAUGCUCCUUUCAUUCCUAAAAAAGUCAAGCUGGUAAUUGUUGUAAUGUAAGAUGCUUGAAUAUGUAACUCCUUAUAAAAUGUUAUCGUGCUUGUGAACACAGUUUAUCAUGAUUAUCUGUAAGCUUAUUACGCUGCCUUUAACUGUAAUUGUGUUUCGGUAUUGCAAGUGUAGUUAUAUGGCGUAGAGGAUUUGCAAUGACGACAUAUCCAAAUAUAAAAAAUUUAAGUUAGCAGGGUGGUCUUGCCAUAUCCAAUGUAUUUGCCUAAUAUGGUUACCUUAAGGCAGCCGGGUUGACCUGGUCCCUUUUCUCUCUU